AUGGAUUCAAAUAAGAAACAAAUUGAAUGGCCGUACCCGAAAAUUGAUCACUUUCCGGGAAGAAUUGAACGAUUUUCAUAUAGAACUUAUAACUGGUUUGAAAAUCGUAUUUGGCCAAUCAGACCAAUUCCAUUCUUGGGUAUUGUUACAACUGCUACUGCAGUGGCUAUCAACUAAGCCAUGGCUAUCAACUAAGAAACUUUAGCCUCCCAGACAUUCAGCAGAAUUUUCAAAUAAUUGCCAAGCCUCUUGCAAUUUCAAUUGGAUCUGUGUACACUUCCGUAUUCCUUCUUCGCCAUUUUCUAAAAUAUUUUUAUUUUUCAUACAAAGGAUAUUUGAAAGAAAACCCCAAGAAACCAUCAUUCCUAACAAUUUUAUGGGGAAUUGUGAGGAAAGUAGUCCUUACAGUUGCUUCUCCUCAACUAUCGUCUUGUGAUCGAUUACUUUCAAAUCUUCCACUUCCGGCUCUGAAAGAUACGGGGACCAGAUAUGUGGAUUCAAUGCAAUUUAUUUUAUCUGAGGAAGAUCACAGAUAACUGGUCAAGACAUCAAACCAAUUUCUGGCCGGAGAGGGACGAAAACUACAAAGAUAUGCAUGGGCCUGGCACAAAUGUAACGAAAAUUACCUCACAUCUUUUUGGGAAAAAUACAUAUAUUUGGCGGGAAGGUAUGCUCUACCUAUCAAUAGUAGCAUUGGAUAUUGUGUCAUGUAUGGAGAUAAUGAACUCACUCAAGUCUUCCAAGUUGCCAGGGUAUUGCAUAUUGAGUCACUUGCUAAUUUGUCAUUGGACAGGCAACAGCUGUAGGAAAAGGUCUCUUGUCUACUAGACAUUACCGAAAUAUUAACAACGGAUGUAGGAUACCUGGAAAGGAUAUUGAUCAUUUCCAAUGGAAUCCACCGAGCAAGCAUGUACUUCUGAUACACAAAGGUACUUGGUACAAAGUGGAUACUUUUGAUCAACAGGGUAAACUGUACAGUGUUGAUAAUUUGGCAAAAAUUGUCUCGGAAUUGAUGCAUAGAGAGGACAAAUCUGAGGGAUUCCUUUCCAGAAUUGGAAGUCUUACAGCAGAUCGUCGUACUGAAUGGAGUAUUAAUCGAGACAAAUUCUUCCUGAAUAACAAGAAAAACAAGGAGCUAUUGGAAAUCAUUGAGCUCAGCUCAGUUUGUUCUAGCAAUUGAUGGCGCAAAUAAUUGGGGUGUUGAAUCAACUGAGCAAUUGUCUAAAUACACUAAGGAUAUGUUUGCUGGAGAUGGUACCAAUCGAUGGUUUGAUAAAACAAUGAAUUUCGCAAUUGACGAGACGGGAAGAGGUGGAGAUACAGGAGAACAUUCACCUGGUGAUGGUGCAGAAAUGGGGCAUAUGUGUGAAAACUUAUUGAAUAUUGACAAACAAAUCUUGCAGUCCCCGAGCAAAGAAGAACAAUUGGAGAUUGCGACUGUCGCUGAGCAAGAUUUGAAAUCAUUGAAAUUGGCAGUAAAACUUGAUUUUGAAGUAGUUGAUGAAAUGGAAUCGGAAAUUGAAAGACGCUAUGAAGCUCACAUAAAAGCUUUUAAUGAUGUUCAUAUGAAUUCCAUGGUGUUUUUGGAUUUUGGAAAAGGAAAAUUAAAGAAAUGUGGAAUUUCUCCAGAUGGAUUUGUGCAAAUGGCUAUUCAAUUGGCUUAUUACAAGGACCAAGGAAAAUUUGCUCAAACCUACGAAUCAGGAUCGAUUCGAUUCUAUGCAAAUACACGAACAGAAACUUUGAGACCAGUAACCAAGGCUUCAUGCGAGUUUGUAAAGGCAAUGUUGAAUGAUGAAUUGGAUAAAGUUUCACGCCGGAAAUUGUUGAAAGAAGCAUGCGAGCUGCAUGUGAAUAACCGUAAAGAAAUUAUGCUAGGAAAAGGAUUUGAUCGUCGUCUAUUUGUAUUGUGUGUUCUUGCUAAAGGACUGGGGUACGAAAGCCCGUUCCUAGAUUUUUAUCAGAACUAAAAAUGGCUUAUCAGUACUAGUAAUGCUCCCACUAUGACGAAUACAAUCGAUGAAGAUUCCUCAAGAAACAAUAUUAUUCUUGGUGGAUCAUUUGGAGCGGUUGCUCAAGAUGGAUAUGGAAUUUGCUAUCGAUUCGGUGGAAAUCAAGCAAUUCCUCUUCAUAUCACUUCAUAUCAUUCUUCUGAUGCCACAGAUUCUGAUAGAUUUGGGAAUUAUUUAAAAGAAGCUUUUCAUAGUUUGGUGGAUUUAUUUGAAAAAUAAUU